CAGUCUAUCAUCGGCCUUCGUUUAAAGCGCCCGCCGUCGUCCAGCCACCUUCUCCUCUUUCUCUUCUUUCUCCCCCUCUUUCCCCCAUCUCUCUGAUCAUGGCGAUCGGGUUUCCCCAACCAGGACAUAUCUCGUCAUGGGCUGUGCUCCGCCAUUCUAAUCCGUCCAUGUUUACUGUAUUGUUUGUCUGAUUCGCAUUCAGAUAUAAGUAAAUACCCUGCGCCGCGUCGUCUAUUUUGCUAGCUGUCUGCGUCCUGUGCCAUCAAUUGAUGCGCUCCAUUGGGCUGGUCCCUGAUUCUUCUUGAUUUUGUGCUCCCUUCUUCGGCUUGGUGGCCUGACGCUAUUGACACACAUUUGAAAUUGGACCUGGUCUCGCAGCUAUUUAUGAUACCCGGCUGUCGUCCCGGCGCUUACGGUUCGACGGGUGCUUUCACCUUCUAUAUUGUGACGGGCCUCAACUCCAGACUCCAGAGGCCCCACGUCGCGAUUGCUGCACCAUGGAAGGUCCGUUUCCCAAUGUGUUGAAUCAACCGGACCGCAAUGAAUUGGGGCAUCCCCCGAUGGUCAUCCAGCAGUAUGCGAGAUAUCCGCCCACCCUCGAGCCCGGGUUACCAAGCGCAUCUUCGCUGGGAAGCGCUCGCAGUCGCUUACCGGCCUCCAAAUCACCCCCGCUUAAUCGCAAAGCGACCCCUCGCAGCUUGCAGGCAUCACCAACCGGCGUGCGAUCGGCAGGUCCUCCAGCAACCGCCGCGCAGCCCGGACCCUCAAUGUCCCCCCCGAUGUUCGACCCUCUGCGCCAGAGACAACCGAGGGAAUCGAUGGAUCAGCCGGAUUCUCGAGCGCUGCCGUCUCGCGACAUCAAGGAUGAUACAAUUGACGAUGCCUACGUGAUGUUUAUCUUCCACUGUAACCCUAACGUUCCGCUGUCCGUGGACACCAGCGAGCUACGAAAAACAUUCCGGUCGCCUCCCCGGAGUGACGGCAAGAGUUUCAGCAUAUUUACGCUGUGGGAGUUAAUUCGCAAACUUGACAAUAAAGAAUUGAAGACCUGGAUCUCCUUGGCGACCGAACUUGGGGUGGAACCACCCGUGAUGGAAAAGGGCCAGAGUACGCAGAAGGUGCAACAAUACGCGGUCCGUCUCAAGGUGCGUCUGUCGUUCCUCCUUUUGCUAUUGUAUACCAUAUUCAGUAUGCUAACUAGCAUAUAUCAGCGCUGGAUGCGAGCGAUGCAUGUCGAUGCGUUCUUCGAGUACUGCCUCGGCCAUCCACACCCCUACUACAAUCAGAUUCCCACCAAUAAUUCAGUUGUUAGCGAUAGUCGCGACGGAGUACCGUUGGAAGAGGAUCUGGCGCUGCGAGCUCUUGUGCCCCAGUGGAAACCCAAAAGGGGUAGAAAAAGGGCCGACGAGCGGGACAUAACAUUUGAACGGGUUACCAAACGACCUUCUUUAGACACCUCCGUCGGCAUCAUCCACGCAGGCCCAUAUCCCGGGCACUCGACGACCUUCCCUCCAAGCGCCAUCCCAUUCAGCGCUUUCCCCGACGAGAUCGAGACGCACGAUCCGUGGAUGGCCGCUCCCUCUACGUUUCCGACCGCCGGGCCCCCAGACUCGUCUGCUGCCCACCACGGACCCGAUCCGCGAUGGAAACCCAUCGAGCGCGAUACGUCCCCGUCGGGCUAUCCACAGUCGGCCAUCAUACCUCGACACCAUCAUCCCUCCGAAGUUUAUUUGCACUCUACCGAACCACGGUCCGCAAUGACCCCGGUUUCGGGUGACAAGCCACGUCCCAAGCGACGACACGGCCCCGCUGUAUCAUCCGCGUGGCCCAGCAACAAUGGAUCAUCCACGGGCAAGACUCGUGGGCGACCACCAAACCGGGGUACCACCUCAGGCCCAUUCUCAUCAUUUCCUGUAAAUCCCAACCGUUCCGAUCCCACUCAGAUACAUCAACCCACAUCAAGGCCGUCGCCUGCCAUCCUUCUCAACCACGAUUCUUCCCACCGUUUCUCUCAGUCCCAAUACCAGCAGUCACCGACGCCGUUCCCUGGUCCUCGACCAAACAAGUUGCAGCUUCAGGUGCCGCAUCACUCAGGCGCGCCGGUUCGCUUGGCCACGCCUCCGACCUUCAUGGCCAACGGUAUCAACAAUCCCUCGGGUCCUUUGAAGAUCGAAGGCAGCCAGCGGAACGGGGCCGCCGCUCCGAGCCACGAAAUGCACAGCGCGGUUGCUCCUCAUCCUCAAAUCCAGGUGGCCCGAAAUGGCCACUCCCAGGCGGAUUUAGUCUCCGAUGAUGCGGUUCGGGUGUUGGCAGGGGAGUUGCUGCGAGCCAAGGUCACCGGCCGCCCAGCCCCCCUCAACGCCGAAGAGGCCCGCAACUUGGCACUGUCCGUCGUGACCACUUUGACGGCUUCAUACUCCCACGCGCCAUUGGGCUCACCGGUCCUCAUGUCCGUUCUUCACCUUGGACUAGGACCGCAUUUCGGUUACCCUGGAGUCAUGGAGAGCGCGAUGGUCGUGCAUGUGGAAUUAGCGCCUGUCGCUCCUGCAAACAUGCCAGGUGCGCCAAGUCCUGGUGGCGCCCCACCGAACUUUGUAUACAGCAUCUCCCACGAGUACAAACAUGGUCUUCAUUUUACAACCAAAAUCACCUACGGCGAUUUCACCAUCGGCAAAACCGACAGCAGCAAACGCGAGAGCAUUUCUCGAAUCACCGAUGACCCUGACAACAGCAUCGCAGAGUUGGACAGUCUGACCGAUGCCGAAUAUGAGGUCGACGGGGCUGAUAGCAAUGCUUCCGACAUGACCUGGAAGCAACGGUACAUGAAAAUGAGGGCGCAAUUACAGAAGAGGGAGCGUGCACUAACCAUGUACAAGCGCAAGAUUCUCGAUUCGGUCAUGGCAGAUAUCUAACCUAUUUCAGCUCUGCCAACCCUUGAAGCAGAUGGCAACAGACUUGCCAUUGUUCUGAGAGUUAUCUCGUUGUCAAUAUUCGCAUAAUCAUAUCGUGAUACCCCCUAUAUUUCUGUACAUUGUUGCGAUGUGAUUUUAUGUGACUGCUUUUCCUUUCUGCUUUUUUUUUCUCUUGUGUACGUGAGCCGGAAUGAUGUUUCUAUUGUUAUCUUCCAUUCUUGUUGGAUACCCUUUGAGCGACCUUUACCUUGCCUAUUGGGAUUUGAUGUACUCCAUUUAGAGCCUUUGCUUUGAUUUACUUUUACACGGAAAACCCCUUUUGAUUUCAGUAAGAUUCUAGGCUAAAUCCAGUGUAAUUCAUAUAAAGCAUUAUCACGGAGGACGUAUCAUUCACCACCACCAGGCGUCAUGUACAUGGAAUCGAACCUUUGUCUGAGCACUUCCUCGUGAAUCGUUCCCGGGGCCAAGCAGCCACGCGUCUCGGUCGUUAGGCAUAGGACGAGGCCCAGGCAACCCUAUCACCGUACUCAUUCAUUGCCAGUAAUCUGUAUAUCUUCAUGACCCCUGUCCGACCUCACCUGAUGGGGCUUUCUGCUGAGGAUUGGCAUCAUCAAUACGGUCCUCCGGCUUGGUAUGUAACUUCUGAUGCCGAGGACUGUCGGGCAAGCACCAUGGGCAGUUGAAGAUGCAUUAUACGAAUGAAUGGUGGGCCCUGGCGAUGACAAACCAGUCCAGCUACGAGAUGGUUUCCCGCGGGAUAGCUACGCAGGAUAUGGAAAAAACCAACUAUCGACUCAAAAAGGCGAGGUUACGGGCUUUUGUGGGUAGUUCAACUGAAGUUAAAAGUCUUCCCACCUGCGCCAGAGUCACCCGGGCGAAAUACUUUGAACGAGUUUGGCAUCUAACCUGUUUUAGUGACCCAAGGUAUGAGAGUAGGUAUGGUACUUUGCAAUCGCUGUAUGAUGAGGAACCCUGCCUAACUGAAAACAAAAGCCAAAGAAGAAAACAGUUUGAAAACCGGAGCGGCAACCUAAGGCACGCUCGUCAUGAUCCCAAGCCCUAGAGUGAAGAACAAAACCAAAUAGUGCCAGAAGAGUUCCAGAAAGUCCCCUUUUGUGGCCGUCGCUCUUCUACCAAGGAGUCCUCAAGCGUAGGAUUCAGCAGACACCUCCUCUCCCAACUCAAACGGUCACACCCUUGAACUGUCGGCCGACAUGGUCAGUCAGCAUUUGUCCACCAAAGAAAGAGUAAAGCAGCAACGGCACCAACGUGACUUACCAAAGAGCCAUCGUCGUC